AUGUAGGUUUAAUCGUUAUAUUAUUGCAAAUUUAGACAUUAUACUUAAUUGGUAACCAAUGCUUCGUGUCGUGUAACACUCAAAUAACACAUUUAAUUUACAAAAGUUUAAAAUUAAUUUGUAUAAAUAAGAAAAUCUAAAUAAAAACGCUAAACUCGGGAACGGCUGCGCAAAAUUUGAACAAUUAAUAUUUUGUUUUUAUCCGUGACAGUAAUAAAAAAAAGAAACCGUGUUACUUCGAGUAUAAUAAAUAACCUCUGUGAAACUUAAAUUUUGAUCCAUUUUACAAAUUACGUGAAAAGUUAUUAAUGUGCAGAAUGCAUAUUGGUAUUUUAAAUUUUACUUUAAUAAAAUCUGCUUACCCGCAAGUUACACCAAAUGUAACGUACGCUGAAAUGGCGAAGAGACCAAAUCGUAAUUGGACGUCGCGACACGCUUAUCAUGGAAAUCAUAAUUUUAAUUUUCAACGCAUACCAAUCACCGACCCCUCACAUUACUUUUGGACUGGAAAUUCUACACAGAUUGACACAGUUAUCCCUCUACCGACCACUGAGGCCCCACGAAAUAACUUUAAUGAGCACCCUGAAGCGUUGUCGUCUAUAAAUUUCUUUUUUCUGUACUUUAUGCUGCCGGCCUGUAUAAGUGCGGCGGUGACCGGCGUGAUAUUGUACAUGUUCUUGCUUAUAAGAAAAUACAUGCGAUCGCGUCCUCAAGCUGCAAUUGAUAAGAAUACUACGGGGAAUGAAAUAAUAUACGCUGAUCUAGAAUUGGAAGGAACGAAUAAUUUUCAACGAGGACGCACCGAAGAAUCGCCGUACGCUCAAAUACAAAUAACUCAAGUGGCACAGAAAUGAGGAGCGUUUACCUAUUUAAGUUUAGCACGCUUUUAUUAAGUCAACCUGCAGUACGAAUCUGUUUCUUUACCAUUAGGGUCCGUACGCACAGACCGGCUCGGAGCAAAUUUUUAUCACGUUAAAAACAGAGUUUUAUGUAUUUGUAUUAAGGUUUUAUUUUUUAAAGUUCACUGUUUUUGUCAUUAAAAAUGCUUAAAGGCGCUUGGUGUGAAAUAAUAAACCCUUUCGGCCUAAUAAAUAGUUGGCGACUCCGCUAUAACCGACUCCAAGCGUAUACGAUCCGGUCUGUGUGACAAGAAAAAUGCGCGCCGAUGCUCUCCGAGCCGGUCUGUGUGAACGGGCCCUUAGUAGGAGUUUGCUUUACGUUGAACGAAAACGAAACGGGAGCGCGUUCGGCGCUGUGAUUGGCCGGUGCGAAUAAACCAACCAAUCAGAAUACCGAACGCGCUCUCGUUUCGAUUAAUACGUUUAACGUAAAUCAAACUCUUACUAUGGAAACAGUUCAAUUUGAACCAGUAGCUCUGGAGAUUACCACGCUCAAACAAAGAAACUCUUCAGAUUUAUAAUCAUAUUAGGUUUUUUGGAACAAGCCCGUCAUAACCCCCUAAAACCGCUGCAACUCCUGUGCACCAGGAUCUACAGUAGAUACAACCAUGCAAACACCGGAACACUGAAGUCUGGCGCGUCCCAGGGACAUGAAUGACUGUCUUAGAUCUCGCAACGAAAUAAAUCAGAAGAUAUUAUUAGAGGAGAAGAAAAAUACUAUAGGUUUCCACUUCUCUCAAGACAAUCAGCGAAGCACCACUGCUUCAUGGUAGACAUCCCACCCACUCGCACGAAGCGCUUCGCUUCAAGCGUCCGUGUACGAACUGCUAAGGAGUGGAACUCUUUGCCGGAGUCUGUGUUUCCUGAUGGGUAUAACCUGGGUGUCUUCAAAGCCCGAGUGAAUAAGUUGCUUAUGGGCAGACGUGCUCCACCGUAGGCCGCAUCAUCACUUACCAUCAGGAGAGAUAGCGGCCAAACGUCGACCCAUCAAAGGUAAAAAAAAAGAAUGACUUAACUUAGAGAGACUGCACAACUGGGAGAAGCCCAGUCGACAAGCAUUUAUAUUAGUAUAUGGAUUAGUUUUAGUAUAGAUAUUAGAUUUAUAUUUUAUAAUAUGAUGAAGAUGAAUAAUUGGGCCAUUCACGCUCGUCCACACUGCGCGCAGCUGGGAAUGUUGCGUACUGUUCGUCUACUCUGUGGACGUAUAAGUAGAACGCAUUGUUCCCAGCCGUCCAUACCCCGUCAUCUCACGUUCAGUCUAAGAGUUAAUUAAUAAAGAAAAUUACUUCGUCUUACUUACUUACUUACUUAAGUCUUACGCCCGAAUACUCAAACGCUACUCAAUUUUAAGACGCUCUCAAAUGUAGUUCUGUCACUAUCAAUUCUUUAUAAAAUGAGAGAUAUCACGAUAUUUAAGUACAACUUGAAAUUGAGUAGCUUUUGAGUAGGAGGUAUUCGGGCGUUAAAAGCCUAGUACCUAAAUCUAAAGUUUUUUGCAUAUUUUAUACUAAAUAUAUAGCUUAAGAAUGUUUCACAUUUUAAUUUUACUAUACCUAAGUAAUAAGUAUAUAUAGUAAGUUUUUUUUAUUAUAAGUAAUACCUAUCCAGGCACACACAUUUUUUUAAAAUUUUAGGUACUGUAUCAAUAUCAGUUGAAAAGUUUUACUGCCGCAUUCAGAGUCAUUUAAUGAUUACUUAAACUAUUCCUUAGUAACGAUUUUAUAUCGAAAACAAUUGCUAAGGAAUGGGUUAAGUAACCAUUAAAUGACUUUGAGUACGGUGGUUAAAGUUACAAUCGCCUGGACUAGACUAAUUUAGUGAGAAUAUCUAAGUAUUAUUAUCUAGACUACUAAAUAAAAUUGGAAUGUCUGUCUGUAUA